AUGGAGGAGCGCUACCGCACCCCCGUGUCGUCCGGCCUGCUGUGGAACGUCAACCAGCCCGCCAUGCAGCUGGUGCCGCGCAAGCACGCCGAGCUGGCGCCCCUGCUGGCGCGCCGCAACGCGCUCGCGGCGCACCUGUGGCAGGAGCGGCCGCCCGCGCCGCCGAUGCUGCAGGACGCCUUCGCAUGCCGCCGCUGCCACAGCGCCGGCGUGUGCGCGGCCUACCACGCCGUUGUCGAGGGCGGCACCCCCGAGAGCAGCGGCUUCGAGGAGGGCCACUUCGAGUCGCUCGCCGGCCACAUCAGCGCGCCGCACGCGGCGUUUGUGGCGCACUGGAUGGGGCUGGUCGACUGGGAGGAGGCGGGGGCGCGCGCCAGGAGGAGCGGCAUGUGGGCGCUGCCAGGCCCCGAGCGCGAGGCGCAGGGCGGCUGCAUCAGCAACCUCGCCUUCAGCCACUGCCCCGAGCCCGCCAGCACCCAGGACGGCCGCGUGCACCUCUACUGCUUCGUCCGCCACCAACAGGCCUCUGCGCCUGGGCCGCCUCAGCACCAUCAAUUGCACACACAGCAGCAGCAGCACCAACACCAACGCCAGCAGUCGCAUACACAGCAGCAGCAGGAACAGCAGCAGCAGCAGCAGCAGCAGCAGCAGCAGUCGUCUCAGGGCCAGCAGCAGGCCGCCAGCCUGCUCGACCUUGGGAUGGCGGCCGGCGACAUGGUGCUGCUAAGCGUUGACGGCCUCCACACCGCGGUGGGGCGCGUGACGGUGCACGAGGUCACGCCCAGCAGCGUGGUGGUGGCCAGCCGCAGGCCGGUGCUGGUGGAGAGGUACAAGGCGCAGUGGCGGGGGAUGGGCGGGUGCGGGGGCCCGGCUGGGCGAGAGCAGCCGCAGCAGCAGCAGGACUGCCAUCUGCAGCAGCAGCAGCAGCAGCAGCAGCAGCAGCAGCAGGGCGCUGCGCUGUGGCGCCUGGACAAGGACGAGGUUGCGUCGCUGUCGGUCACGCUGCGCACCAACCUGCUGCGCAUCGCCUCGGACGGCGGCGGCGGCGGCGGCGGCGGCGGCCGCGCCGCGCGGCUGCGGGCGCUGAUCAUCGACCUCGCGGCGCCGCGCAUGCACAGCCUGGCGGCCGCCGCUCUCCCCGGGGGCGACGCGACGACCCAGGGGGCGCCGGGCGACGCGGCGUGCAGCACGCCGGGCGCGUCGACGGGGCUGCGGCUGCGGCUGCGGCUCGAGGCGGCGGAGCGGUACCUGUCAGGGGGCCACGGCGCUACAUUGAACGAGGAGCAGGCGGCGGCGGUGCGGCGGGUGGCGGGGGCGGAGGACUACGCGCUUGUGCUGGGCAUGCCGGGCACCGGCAAGACCAGCACCAUUGCGGCCGCAAUCCGCGCGCUGGUGGAGGGUGGGGCGCGCGUCCUCGUCAGCGCGUACACCAACAGCGCCGUCGACAACAUCCUCGUCAAGCUGGCACAGCUGGAGGUGCCUUUUGUGCGCCUGGGCCGCCAGGCCACCGCGCACCCCGACAUCCACCGCUUCAUGCUGGGCGGCGCAGAGUACCCGGACCGCAGCACCCCCGCACUGAGGGCCCUCAUGGACUCGGUGCGCGUGGUGGGCGUGCCCUGCCUGUCCUGCAACAACCCCCUCCUGGCGGGCCGCCACUUUGACGUGGCGGUAGUGGAUGAGGCCGGCCAGAUCACGCUGCCCGCGGUGCUGGCGCCACUCAUGAUCUCAAGCAGCUUCGUGCUGGUGGGCGACCACUACCAGCUGAGCCCGCUGGUGGUCAGCCCGCGCGCGGCGGAGGGCGGCCUCGGGGUCAGCCUGUUCCGCCGCCUGUGCGAGGCACAGCCACAGGCGGUCACCGCCCUGCAGCGCCAGUACCGCAUGUGCGCCGCCAUCAUGGCGCUCCCCAACGCCCUCGUCUACAGCGGCCGCCUCGCCGCCGGCAGCGCCGCCGUCGCGGGCGCCGAGCUAACGCUGCCGCGCCCCGAGGCGCUCGCGCGCCACCCGGCGUGGCUGCGGCCGCUGAUGGCGCCGGCGGUGAGGGUGGCCUUCCUGGACACAGACCCGACGGAUGCUGAUGUGGCGCCUUGCGGGGAGGUUCAGCUGCGCGAGGGGACGACGAACCCCGGGGAGGCGGCGGCGGUGGCGGCGCUGGCGGCGGCGCUGCUGGACGCGGGGGUGGCGCCCGGGGAGAUCGGGGUGGUGUCCCCCUACAGAGCCCAGGUGGGGGCGCGCUGGCUGGGGGUGGGGUUGUGGAUGUGGGGUCUCGACAGCACCGUUGGAUGA